GACCUGCAAAGACAGAAGAUCUCAUUCAAAAAACAGAGUGCUGAGAAAUUCUGUAUCUCAAGAAGUUCAACAUCUCAUAUCAAAUAAAAGAAUGUAGUUGGUUUUCUUAUUAUAGAUUUCUCUGUGAUCAGUGAAAAAGAAGCUUAUUGUUCCUUAUGUUCCAUUCAGAAAUCCCCGACUGAACCUUCUCAUGAUGAACCACCUUCAGUAGUGCUGUAGUUGCAAAAAAUGUAAGAGAGACCAUGUUGUUGUUUUUGCUCCUCUAAUGAGAUGCCAAGUGAUUUAUUUAUGAAUUACUUGUUUGGAACAGCCCCCUUGUGCGGAGUGCAUUUUUCUCUUCUCUGUAAAACCCUCUUUGGAGUCAUGUCGCUCAGUGAUUGCUGAUGCAACUCUUUGUCAUCCAGAGUUUGCCCUCACCUCCUGUGUGCCUUCGGGGAGGGCUAUAUCUAUCCUGGCAUGUCCCCGGGUGUGUUGGAGGUGGGAGUGACUCAUUAAGCAGGUGUGAGCAUCCACUCCCGUACUGCUGCAUGCCAAACAAGAGCUCCAUGCAGGGAAAAAUCAUGAUGGCAAUACAGCAAGACGCAUCACAAUUAACCUUUGCAUCAGAUUGGGGCUAGACUAGCUGUCCCUCCAGUAUGCUCGCUCUCUCUGGUGUUCAUCUGAGGUGGAAUUUCCAAGUGUUCAUCACCUCCAUUGAAAGAGCGGGCUUCCACUGACAUCCUCAUUUGAAUCCAGUUGAUGAAGGAGGUGAAUUGUUCCCAGUCUGUUUCAUAUGUGGGGAAGUAUUAAGGAACCAGAGUUGUUCUGAAGCUUUGUUUAGGUUACAUUUGGUUAGAAUAGCCUACUCUGCCUGCUGAAGGCUAUCAGCCAGAAUUUCUUUGAGAUAUUGGUCUCCUUCAAAAAAGAGAGACAAAUUUACUGUGUGGUUUUUAUAUUUUAAUAUAGUAGGAUAAUGAGAAAGGACUAAUGGGAACACCAUUGAGAGUUCUGAGAAACGUUAGUUGGUUAAGGUGGCGUAAAAACGUCCCAAACCAUUAAGAAAUCUUCUAACUCUUCACCUAGUCCUCUCACUUUGUGCAGAUGCCAACAUAAAAUGCUUAUUUUAACCAUGUGGAUGUCUAAUUUUACUCAAAUAGGGCAUCUUUAAAUGGCACGCAGUGUAUCACGACUUUGGUGGAGACGCGCUGUUACGCAAAACCCCCAGAAAACUAUGCCUCCUCCAUAGACUGUCUAAAAAAAACCGAAGGAGAAAAAAAAUACGGAAGAGGAGAGGCUUCGGUGUUGCUUUGUAAUCUACCCAGACAUUAUGGUGUGGACGCAGGCUGCACGGUUUGAGGACAAACAAAAGCGCGUAAUGCACGCUGGUAGCGCAUUAACAGCUUCGGCUGUGGGCUGUUUAGACAGCAGUUCUGCGGCGACCAGUCAGCCAGCGGCAGGUCACAUGUUGCAGCGUCAUUGUGUAGUAAAGUUACAGUAGCUUCAAAGAGGCUCCUCAUUUCAGCUCCAGAAGUCUCCUCAUCCCCGUUGCUGCUGCAGCUGCCGCCGCUGCCUCUGCUGCGUCUUCGGCAUGCGACAACUUCACUUUCAGACGAUCUCCGCAAACGAGCAGCCAUGGGAGUGCAUUACCUCAGCCGUGCAAUUUCCACCAUCAAUAAUUUAAUCUAUUUGCUCCAAAGCUGAAGAGAUAUCCCGAAGCUUCUUCUUCUUCUCCUUCUCCUUCUUCUUCUUCUUUUUUCCUGUCGGGAGAGUUGCAGAGAGGAAAACACCUCUGAAGUAAAUUACUGAGGGAGUUGUCCAAAACAUCCCAGAUGACACCACAAUCCUGUUGAAUGGUCUGUUUUACGACUGGGCAGUAAAAGUUCCACCAGGUUAGAAGAGUGAUGACCAUCCUGUUCCUUACUAUGGUUAUUUCAUACUUCAGUUGCAUGAGAGCUGCGCCCCUGAGAGACGCCCCGGGCAUGCGGGGCCAUUGGACGGAAGGCUACCUGGGCGCUGCUGCGACGGCCCCCCGAGGCCAUGGGACUCCACAGAGUGGCGGCGGGCCGGGCCAGCGCGAGGAGCUCCCCUCGCUCACAGACACGUUCGAGCAGGUGAUAGAGGAGCUUCUGGAAGUGGAGGGUGAGGCGGCGCAGCUGGGACAGGGGGCCGACAAGAGCCAGGGAGGUGGGGGCCCGUCGCCCGUGGCCACCGCAGAGGCCAAGGAUGUCGAUCUGUACAACUCGCGGGUGAUGAUCAGCAACCAAGUGCCUUUGGAGCCGCCGUUGCUCUUUCUCCUGGAGGAAUACAAAAACUAUCUGGAUGCUGCGAACAUGUCCAUGAGGGUGCGACGGCACUCCGACCCCUCGCGGCGUGGAGAGCUCAGUGUGUGUGACAGUAUUAGCCAGUGGGUGACAGCUGUGGAUAAAAAGACGGCGAUAGACAUGUCUGGGCAGACAGUAACCGUCAUGGAGAAGGUCCCUGUCCCCAAUGGCCAACUGAAGCAAUACUUUUAUGAGACCAAAUGCAACCCCAUGGGGUACACAAAGGACGGCUGCAGAGGAAUAGACAAGCGGCAUUAUACAUCCCAAUGCAGGACAACCCAGUCCUACGUGCGAGCGCUCACCAUGGAUAGCAAAAAGAAGAUUGGCUGGCGGUUUAUAAGGAUAGACACUUCAUGUGUAUGCACAUUGACCAUUAAAAGAGGGAGAUAGUGUAUAAAAUGUAUAGAUUUUAUUGAAGAGUUUAAAAAAGAGAAUAAAGAGAAAAUAUCUAUUUGUAUAUAUACAUAACAGGGUAAAUUAUUCCGUCAAAUGAAAAUUUUAUGGACUGCAUGUAAAAAAAGAUGAAGUUUAUACAGUAAAGUGAUACUACAGUCUAUUUAUUGAACAUAUUCAUGACCUUGUAAACAAUUAAAAAAAAUCUGAUCAGUCA